CCUUUGCCCGAAUUGUGAGUAACCAGGGCAAGUACUUACCAGUCAGAGGGUGCUUGGCAAAGAGACUUGGAAAGUUACGUUCACCGGGGGUACAGGUGUGCUGAUCCCCGUAAAGACGCCGGUGGUAACUAUUAAGUGUGCGUCCCCAGAACAGUAAGCCUACGUCCACGAAUUUGUGAAGGGUACCAAUACGGGCUGUUUCUAUCCAAUUAGUGUAAAUUAAAUAAAGACCCCAUACAGUUAAUCGGUGUUGAGGUUACUUCCCUACACCUAAGCCCCACUAAUCACCCAAGUCGUGGCCUGUCAACACGCCCUGAGAGGAGUCGGAUUGCUCUACCGAGACUAGCAGAACCGAAGAAGGACGGUUACAGGGUGAGUGUGGCGCCCAACGCGACGGCCGAUAUCGCGACAAGGGUGACUAGAGGCAGUGAGGAGCCAGCGGAAACAAUCAGUGGUUAAGUGCCAGCACAAAAGUGUGAAAAAAAGGGCAGCGGACCUACCUACGAACGCCACAGCAGCGCAGACAACCGCCACUGCAGCUGUCAGGGACCACACCGCAGGGGCCAAGAGGAAGUACGGACGGAGUCGCAACCUAGCUUCCAGAGCGCGGAGGGCCGCCCAACACAACAACAUCGAACACGCAACACCAAGGUUAGUCAAGUGACACACAUGGCCAGCCGAACGCUUCGGAACCGGGUUAUAGAAGUGGAGCAGGCUGAUAGUGAGAACAUGUCGGGGGUAUUUUCUGCAGACCUGUCGUGUGACCAGGGGGAUUGUGUUGAAAUAGAGGGGUCAAGUGUAGCAGUAGAAAGUCUGGAUGAGUUAGGAGACCAGGUUAGGAACACGAUGGAAGUGACGAUACAAGCCCAGAGUGAAAAUAUUGCAGCCGACUCCCCCGCUGUACCGAGUUAUUUACAAGACUUAUUCGCCAGCAUGAUUGCAUCGAUGAAGACUGGGAACGAAGAACUGGCCAGUAAGUUAGAGGAGAAAUUAAGGGAGAGUAAUGAUCAGAUGAGAGAGGAGAUCCGGAGGGAAAACGAGAAACUGGUAGAGCAGUUUCGACUAGAUAAUCAAAAACUCAGCCAAGAAUUUUCAAGGAAACUUCAGGCCGAAACGUCUAAAGUGUCUCGCCAGGUUAGGCAACUACAGGGUGACACGGACAGGGAAUUACAAAUGGUGCAGGAGAAGCUUCAGGGAAUCAGUUCGGAGUUCGAGACCCGGCUGGAACAGCAAUCCCGGAGCAACCAGGAGUUGACUGGUGAACUCUCCGGCAAAGUUCUGGAAGUCAGGACGGAGGUAGAUUUAAUUGGCGAUCAGGUAAUUCACCUGGCUAAUGAUAUAGAAAUAUUAAAGGGCGACCUGGUAAAACGUGCAGAGGACUUAGAAAAACGGCAGGGGGAGAGCACCGCACAGCUAAACAAAGCGGCAGAAACCGAAAAACUUGGAAACGAACGCAAGUUCGAGCUAUUAAAUUCCGCGAUUGGUAAACUGAAGGACAAGCUUGCCCGAGCGACUCCCAUGACUUGUGGUACAGAAGUAACACAAAUCAGGGAAGUGACGAACGCUGUUCAUGGCUCUCCCACUCCACCGCCCACUGCUAAUAUAGCUAGAAUAGAAAAUGUACAAUGCAGUUGUAAUUCGAAUUCAUGUUCUGUGUGUGUGAAUGGGGUUGCUGUGUGUGAGAGUACUAUAGAGCCUGUACGCCAUCACUCGGCGAACAAUUAUUUGAGUUGCGCUGACUUCCCGUUGCCUCAGUUCGACGAUAGCUCGGAGGUUAACCCGAUAUUUCAUCUAAAUCAGCUGGAUGAAUUCAUGAGGCUCAGGAGUGUGCCUAAGCCCCUCCAGCUAUCGCUAGCAUUCAAAUCUAUAGUGGGUGCUGUAGGCAAACAGUGGGUGGCCACUGUAGCCCGAAACCUGAGUGACUAUGAGCAAUUUAAGGUAGCAUUUUCCGGUAAUUAUUGGUCAAAGUCAAAGCAAAGCCUAGUCCGUUGCAGUUUGUAUCAAGACAGGUUCAAUCCCAGGUCUGGUUUAUCUCUGUCCAGCCAUUUCCUAAAGUACGCUACCAUGGCCUCUUAUUUGGAACCCAGGCCCUCUGACACAGAAGUAAUUGAGGCGGUCAGACAUCACUUUCCAGUAAUGGUCCAGAGGGCAAUGAUAGGCUACAAUCUGAGUACGGUAGGGGAGACCUUGGACCUGUUGAAAAGGGUAGAGAUGAUGGAAGGGGACGGGUCAUACCGAGGUUCGAACCCGGUAACCCACCAACCCGAUCCGACUCCCAGAGGGAAUCCACCUAGCCGUGGGGGAUAUGAAAGAUCACGCCCCAACCAAUAUCACGCAAGGCGAGUACAGUACGACCGCCGGAACGAUUACUGCCGCUAUGACAACCGGCGUGGACACCAGACACGCGGGGGGUUUGGACCGUCCGCUAGGGAUACGGAGCCGGUCAACAGCCGCCCCGCUGCAGGGAACUCCUUGAACCCCCACGCUCCCACCUUCGCCGGCACCGAUGGACAACGUCGCGCUGGGGACUUGGGAAACUAGAGCAGGGAGUUGUUGAGGACCGAAUGACUCUCGCCAGUAAAAACAACGAACCGACAGGUCCACCUCACAGGCUAAGCCUUCAGGGCAAGAUUGCAGUAAACGUUAAUGGACCAGAAAUUUUGGAUGAGGGAAUCGAACCAGAGGCAGGGGGAUUGAUAUUGUUCUUCAUAAAUGAGAACGACUUAGCUUGCUGCCCUCAAGUGAACAUUUCU